AACUUUACUGUAUAGGAAGUGAGUGAGUCUGGGCGGGGAGGAAACUGCCUACGUGACUCACUAACUGGACCUGACAGGCAGAGAACAAGCAGAGCAGAAAGGGGAAGAAAGUCCUGAAACAGUUAGCUUUACUCGUUUGAUGUUUUGCAGCAACAGCUCUAGAUCUAGGAACUGGCAUCACUAAAUAGAUUAUUGCUCACAAUUCAAUGGCAGCUGCUUUGAAGAUAUUCUUUUGUUUUGGGCCAUAAGUCUACCUGCCCAUUGAACUGCUGUACCUUAACCUCUGAGAAAGGGAAGUGGAGGAGCUCUGGCUCGACUGCGUUGUUUGUCUUAAUUUUUGAGAGGUGGUGUUGUUAUUCUUGCUGUAGCGGCACCCCUGCUGCACAAGUGCAGAGGAAAUGGCGGACCGUUGCUGAGGUCAUGGACAAAUUCCUCUCUCUGUGUUCUCUGUCUGUAUCAGUAGGUGUUAUGGAUCUACAGUAUUUCCUGAGCUGGAAAGUUGCCCUGCUGCUUCUCCACUUGAUGCCAUGUGGGCUCCAGUGUAUGUCAGUGCACAUCCUCAAUCCGGAGCCUGUGCAUGUGAUGCCAGACUCCAGUCUGGUUCUGAAAGCUCGGAUCGAGCAGGGACCACUGGAAGAGGUCUCUUCGGUAACCUGGGAGUGGGAGCCCGAAACUGGAAUCUCCCACGAGAGAGUGACACUGGCCAUGUGCCCUGGCAGAAGCCUCAAGUGUGCUGGUAUGAGGCCAAAUGUUCAUGUGAACGUGGAGCAACAGGAGACAACACUUCAGAUUAAUGGAUACAGCGACGUGGGCGGCGCCGUGUACACUGUGACUGUGACGGAUCACAAAGGUGCCAAGACCACGGCACAAUGCAUCGUCAGGACAUAUGAGGCAGUGCACCACGUUUCAGUCAGCAUCAACGUGUCCCACUCCUCGCUGAUUUGUGGCGAGGCCUGGGGGACAGACCCCCACUUCAACUGGCUCCAUGAGAGAGUCGCCAUCACGGACACUGUGGGAAGAGUCUCCAAAGACGGAACGACAUUGUUUGUGACCAAGACUCCUAUCUGUGGCCACUUCACCUGCAUGGUCAGCAACAAGCUGGGUCACAGUUCGGCCACCUACACUGCAGCACCUUGUGAGACCGAGGGCAGAGGGACAACAGCGGCUGUAGUGUGUUCCCUCCUCCUGCUGCUGUUUGGAGGAAUGCUGGCAUACCUGCUGUGGAGGCGACACAGAUAUAGUAACAGAGGAAAGAGGCUGCACGAACAUUUGGAUGACACCAUCUAAACGGAAAAAAAUAGGCCAAGAUACACUUCUGUUACUCAGAGAGGAGAACAGGGAAUUGACUGGACUUGUGAGGCUGGAACUUCCUGUCCUGUGAGCAGUAUGACCUUACACUGCAUUGGAACAAUGUGCCGAGUGAACUGCUUGCUGGCAAAUGAAAAAUAUCUAAAAAUGGACAUUCAGCUUGAAGUACCAGCAAUGUCUUUACACUGCCUUCUGCAGGGCUGCACCUGCCACUGUGUAUUUAAUAAAGUAAUUGUCUUGUAUCAGCUGUGCAUUGCAUUGAAAUGUACCGUCAAAUGUAACCUUCGCAAUAAAAUCCCUUCAAAGAAUGUGA